GGGACGGGCGGCUGCUUCGGGGCUGGCAGGAUGCCGGCGGCGCGGCGGCGCGGAGCGCGAGUGCUGUGGCCGCUGCUGUGGGUGGCCCUGGUGCGCUGCUACAACGUGGACGUGGGUCGCCCCGUGGUUUUCCAGGGUCCCAACGGCUCCUUCUUCGGGUACUCGGUGCUGCAGCACUUCCACGACAGCACGCGGUGGGUCUUGGUUGGUGCUCCCAAGGCAGAAUCUAAAUACAGCACCUCUGUUCAGUCCCCAGGAGCAGUGUUCAAAUGUCGAGUCCAUACCAACCCUGACAGAAGAUGCACAGAACUGGAUAUGGGACGAGGCAAUUCUCGGGGCACACUCUGUGGAAAGACGUGUAAAGAAGACAGAGAUGAUGAAUGGAUGGGUGUGAGCCUGGCUAGACAACCAAAGGCUGCUGGAAGUGUGCUGGCAUGUGCACACCGCUGGAAAAACAUCUACUAUGAGACAGAGUACAUCUUGCCCCAUGGCUUCUGCAACAUCAUUCCUCCCAACCUGCAGUCCAAUGGGAGAAAGCUCUUGCCCUGCUAUGAAGAGUACAAGAAGAAAUAUGGGGAGGAGCACGGUUCAUGCCAGGCAGGGAUCGCAGGCUUCUUCACCGAGGAGCUGGUCAUCAUGGGGGCACCAGGAUCGUAUUAUUGGACAGGAACUGUCAAAGUGCUAAAUCUCACUGACAACACGUAUUACAAGCUGAACGAUGACGCCGUGAUAGCCAGGCGGUACACAUACCUUGGAUAUGCGGUGACAGCAGGUCAUUUCUCUCAGCCGACUACCACUGACAUUGUAGGAGGAGCUCCCCAGGAUGGAGGUAUCGGAAAGGUUUAUAUUUUUAGAACAGACAGACGAUCAGGCUCUCUAAUAAAGAUUUUUCAGGCUUCAGGAAAAAAGAUGGGCUCUUACUUUGGCUCCUCCUUAUGUGCAGUUGAUCUGAAUUCUGAUGGGUUGUCAGACCUGCUGGUUGGAGCACCUAUGUUUUCUGAGAUCAGAGAUGAGGGUCAAGUCACAGUCUAUCUCAACAGAGGAAACGGAGUGCUGGAAGAGCAGCUCAUCUUGGAUGGUGACAGCGCUUAUAAUGCACACUUUGGGGAGAGCAUAGCUGCCCUUGGUGACAUUGAUGACGAUGGCUUCCCAGAUGUUGCCAUUGGAGCACCUAAGGAGGAUAACUACAUAGGAGCAGUGUACAUUUACCAUGGGGAUGCCAAGGGUAUUAUACCUCAGUACUCUAUGAAGCUGUCUGGGCAAACAAUAAACCCAAAGCUGCGUAUGUUCGGCCAGUCCAUAUCAGGGGGAGUUGAUAUGGAUAGCAAUGGUUAUCCAGAUAUGACUAUUGGAGCCUUCCUGUCAGACAGUGUGGUACUUCUGAGAUCCAGGCCUGUUAUUACCGUGGACAUCUCCAUUUUCCUGCCUGUAUCUAUCAAUAUCACAGCUCCUCAGUGCCACGAUGGCUUGCAGCCGGUGAACUGCCUCAAUGUCACAGUGUGCUUUCGCUUCAGCGGCAAGCAUGUUCCUGGAGAAAUAGGUUUGAAUUAUAACUUGACUGCUGAUGUGGCAAAGAAGGAAAAGAGCCAUCAACCCAGAAUUUACUUUGUGACUUCUGGAGAGGCAGCAGGGCAGAUCACAGAGAAGUUACAACUGUCGUAUAUGCAGGAAAAGUGCGAGCAUUACCUAGCAUAUGUCAAGAAAAGAGUCAAAGACGUCAUCUCUCCAAUUGUAUUUGAAGCUGCAUACAGCCUUCGGGAACAUGUGCUAGGAAGAGGGAAAGAGGACAAGGAACUACCUGCUCUCAAGCCCAUUCUCCGCUGGAAGAAAGGACAAAAGAUAGCACAAAGGAAUCAGACUGUUUUUGAGAGGAACUGUCAGUCUGACGACUGUGCUGCUGAUUUGAAACUUCAGGGUAAAUUACUGCUAUCUGGUGUUGAUGACAGAACUGCCUACCUGGCCCUGGGAGCGGUGAGGAACAUCUCGCUUAACAUUUUCAUCUCUAACAUUGGGGAUGAUGCCUAUGACACCAAUGUUUUCUUCAAUUUUUCUGGAGAGCUCUUCUUCAUCAAAAUGUGGCAAAAGGAGGAGCUGGGCAUUGCCUGUGAGUUGCUGGAAUCAGAUUUCCUCAAGUGCAGUGUGGGAUUUCCUUUCAUGAGAUCAAAUUCUAGGUAUGAGUUCAGCGUGAUCUUUGACACAAGCCACUUGUCUGGGCAGGAAGAAAUGCUUACCUUCCUUGUCACUGCCCAAAGUGGAAACCUAGAACGCACUGAAUCUCUGCAUGAUAAUAUUUUAACCCUGUCGAUACCUCUGAUGCAUGAAGUGGCUUCGUCCAUCAAUGGAGAAGUCUUCCCUACUUCAUUUUUCUACGGUGAUUCUGUGGAAGCGUCCAACUUUGUUCAGCUGGAAAACCAAGAAUGCCUUUUUCAGUCUCUCAACUUCACGCUGCAGGUUUACAAUGCUGGACCAAGCACUCUCCCUGGAGCUUUUCUUGACAUUUCAUUUCCAAACCGCCUCUCUGCCACUGGAGAUGAAAUAUUUCAUAUUCAGCAGAUGAUGGUUGGCCAGGACAAAGGAAGCUGUUCUUUCCACAGAAACCACAGCCCAUGUGUUGUUCCUCAAGAGAAUGAAAAUAUUUUCCACACAAUAUUUGCUUUUUUCACGAAGUCCGGCAGAAAAGUAUUGGACUGUGAAGCACCACGCAGGUCCUGCUUAAUUAUGCACUGCAACUUAAGCUCACUACCCAAAGCAGAGUCGUGUGAUAUAAGUAUCUACAUGCUGCUGAAUACUGAGAUACUCAAGAAGGACAGUUCCUCAGUCAUCCAGUUUGUCACAAGGGCAAGACUGAGGGUGGACCAUGACCUCAGAGUUGUGGAGGUGCCCAGUGGGAGCCCAGAAGAAAAACCAGUGGUCUUUGAGGCUUUGCACAAUCUGGAGCCUCGUGGAUAUGUUGUCGGAUGGAUCAUUGCCAUCAGUUUGCUGGUGGGAAUUCUCAUCUUCCUAUUGCUUGCUGUGCUCUUAUGGAAG